UGGUCCCAUAUCAAGGCAAAGAAAGCUUUUACAUUACGGAAGCCUGUAUGGCUCAUGCUCUCUUGCGUUACGCUGAUUAAGUGCCAGGUGCACAACACGCGCUAUUCACGGACGGGUGCAGAAUUUUUGUCUCCAAGCAUUACAUCUACGAUCUACGUAUCCGAGUCCAGUGGGAGUGUCAGUUUUACUCUUCUCGUAGUAGCAGUAGCUUACAGCAGCCAUGCCGUCCGAUGCUAAGAAGAAGCAGCAGCAGAAGAAGAAGGAGGCAGCUAAGGCUCGACAAGGGGGCAAGAAGCCCGCACAGGCUGCUGGACAGCGCAAUGACGAGGGCAAGGACGACAGCCCAGCCAGCCAGACCGAUGGCACCAGCCAGCAGAAUGGCACCAACGGCACUUUAUCGCUCAGUGCCGAGGAGGCAUUAUGCGCCAAGCUGGAGGCGGACGCAAGGCUAAACGCGGAAGCACGCGCCUGCACUGGUUCUCUGGCCUCUCACCCACGCAGCCGAGACAUUAAGAUUUCGAAUUUUUCGGUUACUUUCCACGGCUGUGAACUGAUGCAGGACACGAUGCUCGAACUUAAUUGUGGUCGGCGUUACGGUCUGCUGGGCUCCAAUGGUUCCGGCAAAUCGACACUGCUAUCUGUCCUCGGCAACCGCGAGGUACCUAUUCCCGAUUCCAUGGACAUCUUCCAUCUAACGAGGGAGAUGCCAGCUAGCAACAAAACUGCCCUAAAGUGCGUCAUGGAAGUCGACGAGGAACGAAUUAGGCUUGAGAAACUUGCCGAGGAGCUCAUCGAGUGUCCCGAGGAAGAUGCUCAAGAGCAAUUGAUGGACAUCUACGAAAGGUUAGAUGAUAUGGCUGCCGAUACUGCUGAAGCGCGGGCCGCUCAUAUUUUACACGGUCUGGGUUUUACUGCCAAAAUGCAACAAACCCCAACAAAAGACUUUUCUGGAGGCUGGAGAAUGCGUAUUGCACUUGCUAGAGCACUGUAUGUCAAACCACACUUACUUUUGCUCGAUGAACCUACUAAUCAUCUGGAUCUGGAUGCCUGUGUAUGGUUGGAAGAAGAAUUGAAAACUUACAAAAGAAUAUUAGUCAUAAUAUCUCAUUCACAAGAUUUCUUAAAUGGAAUUUGCACAAAUAUCAUUCAUCUCAAUAAGAAACAAUUAAAGUAUUACACUGGAAAUUACGAAGCUUUCGUCAAAACGAGAAUGGAACUGUUGGAAAAUCAAGCAAAACAGUACAAUUGGGAACAAGAUCAAAUCGCCCACAUGAAAAACUACAUUGCUCGAUUUGGUCACGGUUCUGCGAAAUUAGCGCGUCAAGCACAGUCCAAAGAAAAAACUUUAGCAAAAAUGGUAGCUCAAGGACUUACCGAGAAAGUAUCGAACGACAAGGUUCUCAACUUUUAUUUCCCAGCGUGCGGAACAAUUCCGCCUCCCGUCAUUAUGGUACAGAACGUUAGUUUUCGAUAUACCGACGGUGCACCCUGGAUUUACAAAAAUUUGGAAUUCGGUAUUGAUUUAGAUACAAGGCUGGCACUUGUAGGACCUAAUGGAGCUGGCAAGAGUACGCUUUUGAAACUUUUGUAUGGAGAUUUGGUACCGUCAAGUGGCAUGAUAAGGAAAAACAGUCAUCUCAGAAUUGGAAGGUAUCACCAGCAUUUGCACGAAUUAUUGGAUUUGGAUAUGUCACCAUUGGACUACAUGAUGAAAACAUUUCCCGAGGUCAAGGAACGAGAAGAAAUGCGCAAAAUUAUUGGUCGGUACGGAUUAACAGGCAGGCAACAGGUUUGUCCUAUUCGUCAAUUGUCCGAUGGACAAAGGUGUCGCGUAGUGUUUGCAUGGCUUGCUUGGCAAGUUCCUCAUUUACUACUACUUGACGAACCUACAAAUAAUUUGGACAUAGAAACUAUUGAUGCUUUAGCAGAUGCCAUUAACGAGUUUGACGGUGGUAUGGUCUUGGUUUCUCACGAUUUCAGACUGAUCAAUCAGGUGGCCGAAGAAAUUUGGGUUUGCGAGAAUGGAACUGUUACUAAAUGGCAAGGGAACAUUCUUGACUAUAAGGAACAUCUCAAGACUAAAGUUUUGAAGGAUAAUCAAACGCGUCAGAAAGAUUUUGCAAGUCGAGUUGGAAAAUAGUUCAAUUUAUAACUUAAAAAAAUUAUGUGAAACGGUGUCUGAAUUUUUCCACGUCUCCAAGAGAUUAUCUCGAGAUUUUGAAAAACGUCAAAUAAUAAAUUCUUAUCAGAUUUUCGCUGCUGUGUAGCGAAAAGCUUAUUCCAACAAUAGCUAAUUUAUUAAGAUAAUUAAAUGAUACGAGUGAUCGUGAUUGUUGACUGUUGGUAAUUUUCACAGUUACUGUAGACGAGCAAUGAAAACAAUUCAGCUUGAUGAAGUGAAUGUGAAAAUGAUGAUUUAUUGCAAUAAUAAAUAGUUAAAUUUUUACUUUGAAUUUUAUAUAAUUAAAUUUUGUCACGAAGUAUAUACAGUGCACUUUGUAAAAAAAAAAUAAGUUGUGUCAAGUGUGUAAAUCAACUAUCAUCAGAGUUCACAAUUAUUUUAAUAGUGUGGAAAACAACUUCUAAUAAAUUUAAUACACCAAUCAUGAA